CACACUGCGACAAGAGAUUCAGACGGUCAGGACAUCUGAAAACACAUGAGAUGAUCCACACUGGAGAGAAACCGUAUCACUGCACUGCAUGUGGGAAGAGUUUCACUCAAAUAUCUUCUCUACGCAGUCAUACAAAAUACAAUCACAACUUAAGCAAACGACACGAUCAGCUAUUGAGACAUCUACAAGAUGUAGAUCUGCUCCUCCUCCUUCAGUGAAGCUCCUCCCACUGCAAUUCACCAAUAAAUGCUGGAAUAUUCCCAUCAGCCUACAAGUGAAGACGAGCAUCAAACCAUCAGGAAGAGCUGGAAUCUGCAAAGACAGAGUUUAUUGAAGGACAGUGAGAACAUGAGAGAUCCAGAAGACUGCAGAAUGAAACAUACUGAAGAACAAAGAGUCGUGAUGGUGGAGAUUGAGGAGAGUGAAGAGGAGGAGAAACAUGCCAAAACUGGAGAAAAAACUCACUCACAGACUGAAAGUGAUCGUUUACUGAAAAGAAGAGACAAGAAAUGUUUUACCUGCCAUCAGUGUGGAAAGAGUUUCACAUACAAAAAGAAUCUCGAGACUCACAUGAGCAUCCACACCGGAGAGAAACCGUUCACAUGUGAUCAGUGUGGAAUGAGCUUCACAUUACAAGGAAACCUUAAGAGACACAUGAACAUCCACACUAGAGAGAAACCAUUCACAUGUGAUCAAUGUGGAAAAACAUUUUUGUUUACUUCAGCCCUGAAGAACCACCUGAAAGUUCAUUCACAGGAGAAACCACAUUCAUGUUCUUUGUGUGGAAAACGUUUAAAAUACAAACAUAGUCUCGAGCUUCACAUGAUGAUCCACUCUGGAGAAAAACCAUUUACAUGUGAUCAGUGUGGGAAGAGUUUCACACACAAACUGAGUUUGAAGGUUCACAUGAGUAUCCACACUGAAGAGAAACCGUUCACAUGUGAUCAGUGUGGGAAGAGUUUUAGACAAUCAUCAUACCUUAAGAUACACAUGAUGAUCCACACUGGAGAGAAACCGCACAAAUGUGAUCAGUGUGGCAAAACAUUUUCGAGGACUUCAGGCCUGAAGGAUCACAUGAAAGUUCAUUCCCAGGAGAAACCACAUUCAUGUUCUUUGUGUGGAAAGAGUUUUUCAUAUAUGCACAAUUUAAAACUUCAUGAGAAAAGACAUACUGGUGUAAGAGAUCAUAAGUGCUUUGAGUGUGGGAAGACGUUUUUUACAACUGAUCGUUUGAAACUACACUGGAGGACUCACACUGGAGAGAAACCUUACAAGUGUUCACACUGCGACAAGAGAUUCAGACGGUCAGGGCAUCUGAAAACACACGAGAUGAUCCACACUGGAGAGAAACCGUAUCACUGCACUGCAUGUGGGAAGAGUUUCACUCAAAUAUCUUCUCUACUCAGUCAUAAAAAAUACAACCACAGUAAGUAGAUCAUCUUCAGAUCCAACACCUUCAAGUGUGAAGCCACAUCCUCACCGAACGUGACACAAUAAUACCAUCAAGCAAUAAGAUGUCUUCAGUAUAAAUCUGCCUUAACCAGCCAAAACGAGCGACAUGACAAAAGAAAUGUUGCCUAAAUUUGUCACAUUGAAUAAAGUUCAUCUUCAAGACUCAGAUUCAGAUCUACUCAAAGAUGGACAAUAUCUAGAUGUUAAUUAUUAUUGCUUCAAGGUAUAAAUGAUAUCAUUAUGCUUCAAGUUAAAUAUUAUGUUACAUUUUUAUGAUGCAUAUGUAUCAUGUUUAUACUUUAAUGAAGAAAAUUCUUAGGUUCAAA